AUGGCCGAGACAGGACAAUGUGGUGGACAUGUACGCCUGCAGUGGCUGCGAGACGUAUACCAGCGCAGAUGUCAGAUGCAGCACUGGACAGCUGCCGCUCGCACUUAUCUUCUACAUCUUUUGGGUUGCACUCUUUUUGCUAAUAAAAGUGCAACCCAUGUUCAUGUCUCACACUUACAGGCGUUCCGUGACCUCACUAUUGCUGGGUGGUAUGCAUGGGGAGCUGCUGGCCUCGUCCAUAUGUACGAUCAACUUAAUGAUGCCAUUGCGGAGUGCAAUGCUGAUCCGGACUACGACGAGGUGUCACCACAUGCGUGUCGGUGGAUUGUGACGAAGAAGACUGUGAAGAAGGUAUCUACAGCGACGUACAGGCAGCGCCUAGAUCGUCUGAGGAUCCCAAAUGUCUGCUGGAUAUACGAGCACUUAGACGCACUACUCAGACCAUCUGACAGCAGUAGGUGA